GACGCCCACCAUUUCGAUUUCAGUGCUAACUGCUACACCCGGCUGCAGCAGAUCAGUCGCCGAGAAAAUCCUCCCAUCUGCUAUUAGUAUAAAUCUAAUUUUCAAGGUUGAGUUAGAAUCCCGUACCCGUUUUCCCCAGUUCAAGUUAUAAUCUACAAGAGAAAAAGAAAAGAACCUGAAAAUGGAGGGUUUGAUGUCACUGGGAACAACGCCAGCAGCAGCAGCAGCUAGGGCUUCGUUUCAACCAGGCCCAACCUUCUGUUACGUACCUAAAUUCUCAGUUGGAAGAAGAUCAAUGGAUGAGCGCGUGCGUUCUUCUGCUGGCUCCAUUCGAGCUCAACAGUCUGAGUCCAAAGACGGGUCAGCUACACUUUCCCCUGUUGUUGGUUCUAAAGAGGAUGAUCUUAAAAUCAAGGAGUGGGAAGUCGCCCAGUUGCAAAAUGAAAUAGCUGCUACCCAGGGUAUAAAAAUUAGGAGAAGGCCACCAACAGGGCCCCCUUUGCAUUAUGUGGGACCUUUUGAGUUCCGGUUGCAGAAUGAGGGCAACACUCCUCGAAAUAUUUUAGAGGAAAUUGUAUGGAACAAAGACAAGGAAGUUUCAAAGUUAAGAGAGCGACGCCCUCUCUCAAUGCUGAAGAAGGCUCUUGAAAUUGCUCCCCCGAGUAGAGAUUUCAUUGGAGCUCUUAGGGCAUCAUAUGUGCGAACUGGAUUGCCUGGUUUAAUUGCUGAAGUGAAAAAAGCUUCUCCAAGUAGAGGAGUUCUAAGAGAGGAUUUUGAUCCAGUUGAAGUUGCCCAAGCUUAUGAGAAAGGUGGGGCGGCGUGCCUCAGUGUUUUGACGGAUGAGAAGUAUUUUCAGGGAAGUUUUGAAAAUCUGGAGGCAAUACGGAGUGCUGGAGUAAAGUGCCCUCUAUUGUGCAAAGAAUUUGUCGUAGAUGCAUGGCAACUCUUUUAUGCCAGAACUAAAGGCGCAGAUGCAAUUCUCUUAAUUGCUGCUAUUUUACCUGAUCUUGACAUCCGCUAUAUGACUAAGAUCUGCAAGAUGAUUGGGUUAACAGCACUUGUCGAGGUGCACAAUGAGAGGGAGAUGGAUCGUGUUCUUGGGAUUGAUGGUAUUGAACUAAUUGGCAUCAACAACCGUGACCUUGGAACAUUUGAGGUUGAUAUUAGCAACACAAAAAAGCUUCUUGAAGGGCAACGUGGUCAAAUGAUCUGUAAAAAAGAUAUCAUUGUUGUUGGGGAGUCUGGGCUGUUUACCCCUGCUGAUAUUGCUUAUGUGCAAGAAGCCGGCGUUAAAGCAGUUUUGGUUGGGGAAUCCAUUGUAAAACAAAGCGAUCCUGCGAAGGGGAUAACUGGGCUUUUUGGUAAAGACAUUUCUCUGUGAAUUCGUAUUGGUGAGGCUUCGGCGGCCUUCUAAUGUUCUAAGCGGCACUGGUUGCAGUAAACAGGCAACAGUUUUGAUUCAGAAAUAGUCCCCUGGUCUGGGUAAAUUGUAGUCGCAAGUUUUACUGGAGCUGCCAAUUUUGCUGGAAAACUGCAAAAUUAAUAAGUUUACCAUUAAUGUUACAUAUGCCCUAAUGGUUAUAGUUUAAGAUUUUUUUGAAGGCCUUGGAUUUGAACCUUGUGGUCAGGUAAACAAAGGAGUAUGAUAUUUGUGAUGGGCGAUCUUCCGUUGUGUAAUCUUACAAUGAAUUUAAAAGAAGUAAUGUAUUUUCUUGCCUAUGGCCGUGAUUCAAGAAA